CAGUACAAGUUUCUGUAGUCGAGUGGAGGUGAUUGAAAAAGUCGGACGCAGAAUAAGGAAUUUUACAAAGGUCGGGAAUCAAGGGAGAAGUUGUAAUCCUUAUCAAUAUCUUCCCUGGAAAUAAGAUACUUAGCUGACGUUCUAUCGAUUUGUUGCAGAUUAGCGGGAGUUGCAAGAAGAUGUCUUGCCCAUUCAUUCGGCGUUCAGAUUCUUUGCCACGGCAAGCAUCCGUGGCGGAGAAUCCUUCGUGGGUCCUGGAGGAUGACUUGGUUGAGCAAUCUGAUGAUGCUUUGACAUUGACACACUUGCAGAUGGCCAUAGAGUUGCUCACUGCUCCCUCGAAUGAAGAUAUCAGCGUGGCUGUAAUAUCGCUGGUGGAUAAGUACAGCAGUCGGUGGCCUAAUAUCGUUAAUCUAAAAGUUGGAUCAGAAACAUUAAAAGUCUAUCCCAACUAUGACUAUUUGGCGGAUAUUCAAGACAUCCUAUUGGAUAUGGACGAAGUUAGUGCAAGUGAAAUACUCAUUCUGCUGGGAGAAGAGCUGAUGACUAUGCAUUGUACGGGAAUAAUAGAACGCGCUUUCCGGAGUUUGGGAGCAGAUUUCCAGGAAUUUUUGGGAUCAUUGGAUGGUGUAUAUGAUGUAUUGAAAAUUCAGGAGGAAGGCGUUACAGAUACCGGUUUUGUUUGUGCCGGAGAAGGCGAGCUGAUUUUCACUUCUGAACGUCCAGUAAUUGCUUGGCUUCUUCUAGGAUCACUUAAAGCCCUAACACGAAUCCUAUACAAUGUCAAUGUCAACAUCAAAAUCGAACCUGUCGAAGGUGAUCCAAGAAGAUAUCGAUAUCUUUUCAACCAUACAGAUGAACGUGUUGUUGAACAAGUACAACAGAAGCCCAUGCUUCAAAGGAGUCUCUCCACAGAUGUAACGGAUUUCAAAAUGAAUUCGGCAACAUUUUGUAAAGCAUUUCCAUGGCAUUUUAUUAUGAAUGAAGAAUUGGAACUACUGCAGUUAGGUCGAGGUUUCAGUAAGUUAUAUAAACCCUACCUGAACACACAUGGACGUCAGGCAACAACUUAUCUCAGCUUCAAACGUCCAACUGGCUUACCAUUGAAGUUUCGAGAAUUUGUUCGAAGGACUAAUACACCGUUCUUGAUUGCAUUAAAAAAUCCGCCGGGUAAACAGGAAUUCUCUGCAGAGGGUCUAGAAAUAAAAGGCCAAAUGGUGUUUUGCCCGGAAUCCAACUCGCUCCUUUUCAUCGGUUCACCAUUUCUGGAUGGUUUGGAUGGUCUCACCUGUAAUGGGCUGUUCAUUUCCGAUAUCCCCCUCCACGAUGCCACCAGGGAAGUCAUCCUAGUCGGAGAACAAGCGCGUGCUCAAGACGGUCUUCGCCGGCGAAUGGAUAAACUGAAGAGUUCAAUUGAGGAAGCUAACAUUGCAGUAAUGAAGGAAAGAAAGAAGAACGUUAGCCUACUCCACAUGAUCUUCCCAGCGGAAAUAGCUGAGCGACUGUGGCUUGGUGCAAGCAUUGAUGCCAAAACCCACCCCGAUGUCACCAUGUUGUUCAGCGACAUAGUUGGAUUCACAAGCAUUUGCUCCAGAGCAACACCGUUCAUGGUGAUCUCAAUGCUGGAAGAUCUGUAUAAGGACUUUGAUGAGUUUUGUGGAUUCUUCGAUAUUUAUAAGGUGGAGACCAUUGGAGACGCUUAUUGUGUUGCAAGUGGUCUUCAUCGGGCGAGUAUUUAUGAUGCACAUAAGGUGGCUUGGAUGGCGCUUCGUAUGAUUGAGGCUUGUUCAAAGCGAAAAUCUCACGAUGGAGAGAGCAUUAAAAUGCGAAUUGGAUUGCAUACUGGCACUGUUUUGGCCGGGGUGGUUGGCAGGAAAAUGCCGAGGUAUUGCUUGUUUGGACACAAUGUUACGAUUGCCAAUAAGUUUGAGUCUGGAAGUGAAGCGACAAAGAUUAAUGUCAGUCCUACAACUAGAGAGUGGCUUAUAAAACACUCCGGUUUUGAAUUUGAUUUGGAACCUCGCGACCCAUCGUGCUUGCCAAAGGAACUUCCAAAAACAGACGAUGGAAGGACUUGUUACUUUUUGGAAGGUUACAGGCAUCCAACACUGGCCCGUACAGCCCCGUUGCAAACACAUAUCGAGAAGGCAAUGCAAGAAAUAACUAAGGAACAACAGAUAAAUUAGAAGAACACAGUAUUGUUGAAAUUUUUGUUAUUGCAUUCCAUAUAAUCUAUAUUUUUGUUGCACUCUAAUAUGCCUAAUGGGAAUGUUUAAACUCUCUGAAAUUUCAGCCUUCUCUGAAUCGCAGAUGUUUUAAAGUUUAAUGAAUAGAUUCAAACUUUUGGACAAUGCAAUGCAAAAAUAUAUAUUUGAGAGGAAUAAAAUUGAAAAAAAAAUGUAAAUGGUUUAGAAAAUGGGAACAUUGAAUUUUAGCCAAAAAUUGCGAAAUAAAUGUUUAAUUAUAAUGAAAUGAA